AUGGCUGACGUGACCCCUACCGAAAAAAACUGCUUCAACUGCAAAAAGGGCGAAAUUCCGCUCAAAGUGUGCAGUAAAUGCAAAUCCGUACACUACUGCUCUCGUGACUGCCAGAAAACAGACUGGAAGCAGCACAAGAAGAAUUGCGCUCAAGCAGUCCCUGAAGCUCAAUCCGCAAGCAACAACACCAGCAGCAGCAAUAUCACGCAAGCUCUCGAUUUCAAAAUGGACAAGCCAUUCCACCAGCUCCACGCAAAGAAAUGGCUCCACGGCCGCCCCGAAAAAGAUGUUUACAAGCUUCUCAUCGACACAUACCGUCUUCGCAUGGAGGACAAAUACAAAUUUGAGGGAGACGUCGACGCGGAUAGCAUCUACAGCGGCGUGUCUAGUGGCGUACCAGGCUUCCGAAGAUUCUUGCGACUGGCUGAGCGCACACGGGAACUGUUGCCUGAGUGGUGGUCUCCUGCCAAAUCCCAGGGAUGUGUGGCCUUUGCUUCUGGGCAGCACAAUGACUACAAUGUGGACCAUGCGGUCGAGAAGUCGGAUAUUGUUCAACAAUAUGGUGAAAAUACGAUGCCUAUGCAGCUGCGUAUGCUUGGUGAGCAGAUCUACGGGACUGGUCCGGGAGGACAGUCUGGGGCGGGUAUGAUGCAGAUGCAGAUGUUAGCUGAGGUGGGUGGUGGGGGUAUGCGAAUGUCAAAUCUCGAUGUCAGUCAGUUUUUGGGGGGGGGCGCUGAGCUAUAG